CACUACUCUUUCCUCUUAAACGUAGCAGACAUGUAAAAUGGCGGCGAGCACCGUACUACCAACUUAUCAACGUUACAUAAACGGCGCUCCUGUAUCGGCCGCAGGACGAAAAACCCUUAGAUUAAGAGAAAAAUAUAUAGUUCUUUUGGUGCUAGGAACAUUCGUCGCCGUUUGCAUCGGAACUUUCUUUUUCUUACCGGAACUUAGAUCAGGUUCUAUCAACUCUGCCUAUCGACACAUCAGAAAUGCGGGAUCGGACUUACUAUUGCCACCUUUGCAAGUUGUCGACAAAGCCGUCCUGCAACCACAUGAUGUCAACAAUGUAGAUCCACAUGUGAUAAUGGAUCGAGCAAAGUUGAUCCUAAAAAUUCAGGAAGAUCUCGAAAAGGAAAGGCAAAAAAAUCUUAAAGAAAACAUGGAUAAAGCUCAGGUAGAGAACCCAUUAUCAAAAAGCGAACAGGCCGACAAAACAAAAGGAGAGCUUUCGAAAAAUAAUGAUGGUGUCCUUCAACAGGAUCAGUUCGUGAAUGAUGUUGCACAGAUCCCGAUAACUGUAAGCAAAAAUGAUCCAGGAGCGUCGGAACUGAAUGAUAUAGUCCGGGAUCAUCCGGGAGGCCCAGGAACUAGAGGCGGUGAACCCUCCGAUCCAGACAUUCGUGAAAAAAGGAAUAAAAUCAAAGAGAUGAUGAAACAUGCCUGGGAUAAUUAUGUUCAGUAUGCGUGGGGACAGAAUGAGCUAAGACCACUGUCCAAGAGAGGUCACUCUGCUGGUAUCUUUGGAAAAACUGCCAUGGGAGCCACCAUUGUUGAUGGACUGAACACAUUAUAUAUAAUGGGAUUGAAUGAUGACUAUCAGAAAGGAAGAGAUUGGAUAGCUGCCAAUUUAAAUCUGGAUCUAGGGUUCUUUCAAUCUUUGUUUCAGAAUGCAGAAAUAUCUGUGUUUGAGACAAAUAUUCGCUUCAUUGGAGGUUUGCUGUCUUGCUAUGCCAUGACAGGAGAUGUGAUGUAUAAAGAGAAAGCGGAUCAUGUUGCACAGAAAUUGUUGCCUGCUUUCAACACUCCUACUGGCAUUCCUAAUGCAAUUGUGAACCUAAAGAGUGGUGCCAGCAAAAACUAUGCAUGGGCUUCUAGUUCCAGUUCCAUUCUUGCUGAGUUUGGUACUCUGCAUUUAGAAUUCACCUACCUAAGUGAUAUAACAGGAAACCCUGUCUACAAGGAGAAGGUGAAUUACAUCAGAGAUUUCCUUGCCAAGAUGGAUAAACCUCAGGGUCUUUUCCCUAAUUAUUUGAAUCCUAAAACUGGUCGUUGGGGACAACACCAUAUGUCAAUGGGAGCCUUAGGUGACAGCUUUUAUGAAUAUCUUCUCAAAUCUUGGAUUCAGUCCAAUGGUGAAGAUGUUCAAGCCUUGCAAAUGUUCCAAGAAUUAGCUGAAGCUAUAAAUGAUAAGCUUGUCUUCACUUCUAAAGGGGGACUCAAAUACUUAGCUGAUUUAAAAUAUGAUCGGAUAGAACAUAAAAUGGAUCAUUUAGCUUGUUUUGCUGGUGGAUUCUUUGCAAUUGGCUCUGAAUUCAUGCCACCAAAUAGACAAGAUUAUUAUUUGCAGCUAGGAAAAGAUCUUACUCACACUUGCCAUGAAUCUUAUGAUAGAACUGCUACUAAAUUGGGUCCAGAAUCGUUCCGCUUUUCAGAUGCUAGUGAAGCCAAGGCUCUGAAACAGAAUGAGAAAUACUACAUCCAAAGGCCUGAAGUGAUUGAGAGUUAUUUUGUUCUAUGGAGGGUCACCAAGGACCCAAAAUAUAGACAAUGGGGAUGGGAAGCUGCUCAGGCGAUUGAUAGACAUUGCCGAGUGGAUGGUGGCUUCUCUGGUUUGAAGAAUGUUUACAUGUUGGACAGUGCCAAAGACGAUGUCCAGCAGAGUUUCUUCUUGGCCGAGACGCUCAAAUACCUCUAUUUGUUAUUUUCUGAUGAUGACCUCAUCCCCUUAGAUAAAUGGGUGUUUAAUACGGAGGCACAUCCUCUACCCAUCAAGGGAAAAAAUCCUGCCUACAAGGCAGUGAGCUGAUAGGCCCUGCCCUCCUCAAAGACUCUUCCUCCAAACUGAUAGUCUUAUCCUUGGAUCUGAAGAAAGACAACCUGUUUCAUUUGAUCCAAGGAUUGAAUAUUAUUUAAUGUAUACUUGGGAUGCUUUUUUGUGCUUUAACACCAAAUUUUAGUGUGAAACUAUAAUAAUUAUUUUGAAUUUAUUUUAUUUUGUGUAAUCCUUUUAGGGCAUUUUCAAUUCAUUUUUCUUUUGGACAAUGAAAUAAUUCAUGUGUGAAUUAAUCUCUUGUGCAUGAAAAGAAAUAAGAUCAAAAAUUAGUUGCCAUUUGAUACAUUUAUUACAUAUUAAUUUUUUCAUUUUAACAAGCCACAAUGAGAUUCAUUUGCAUAACAAAAGGGUGGGGAAAGGCUCUUAAAAAGAGAUGAUUUUAUAAGAAAACAUUAACUCUGAUUGCAUUAAAAAAAUUUCCAUCUCUUCAAAUUCAAAAUCUCUUUUCCUAUUUCCUUUUUAUCUUUUCUCUUCCCUUAGUAUUCAUACAAAGGAAGGAGGAAAUAUUUAAUCUUCCUAGUACCACUAUUACAACCUAUUACAAUGGCGCCAUUAAUUCAACUAGUUUUUAAUGAGUGUUUCUUUUUGUUGUAACAGUAAGAACAAUUUUUAUGUGAUAAAUUCUUGGGUAUAUCUUUCAUGUUUAUUUUAAACACAUUUUUUUAGUUAGUCCAUAAGAAGAAUUUGAAUUUUCGAAUUUGUUUAUUGUUUUCUAUUCUUUUAGAGAAAAAAGAGACUUGAUUAUGAAAUAUUUAGUUUACUUUCAAUGAUAUUGAUGUAAAUAUUUCUAAAUCCUUUUCUACAUUUCGUGAUUGAAAUGUAUUUCAUGUUCUUUAAUCUUUUUGACUUAUAGAAGGGGGGAGGGGUAUGCAUUUUAUAUUUUUCAGUUACAAUUUUUUCAUCAUUAAAUAGUAUGAAUUUUUCUAAAGCAUCCCAAGUAAAUACAUAAAGAAAAACCAUACCAGGUGUACAGUUCAAAUUAAAAUUUUACACUAUUUUAGUUUUAUGCUAACAUUAUCAACAGAAGUCAUUUCAAACGAUGCAUAUAGUUAUGCAUUAAAAAGUUCUUGUAAAUUUUAAAUUCACGACUAUAAUAAAAAUUAUUUCAUUCUCUGAACUUUAUUUUUGAUUUGGGUCAUAUUUAGAUUUUCUUUUACAAUGGAGGAAACAGAACUGCUGUGUGGUGUUAAAUUCAGUUUUGGUCACUUUGGUGCUAAGAACAUUAUACAACAUAAGAUGAACAAAACACUCUACAUUGUUGAAAUUAUUACAGUCUAUAGAAUAAUGUAUGCUACAAAAUGGUAUAAACUUGUGUUGAUUUUUUUUUUAAUUAAGGAAAAUUCUUUUGGAGUAUGUAUUGCAUAGAUUGUUUUCUGGCACUUUUUUUUUUUACAAAGUUUUCUUUCUGUAAAUUAUUCUUAGUAAUAAGAAAACGUUUUAAAUGCCUGGGUGCAUAAAAAAAAACUUAGUAAAACUUAAAAUAUCCAUGUCUUAAAAAUAAAUGGUGUGGGUUUAUUUUGACUUUUUUUUUUCAGAAUGAUAGGUAUUUUUUUUUUCUUCUUUUUUUUAAAUUAAACAAUUAUUCAAGCAUUUGACCUGUGUUAAAAUAUUUAUUUUAUUUUAAGCAAAUUGCAUUCUUUCGAGGUGGUUGUUGAGUUAUUCCAAUUUUGUGUUUGUUUGCAUGUUUAGUUAGGUUGUAUUUAUGAAUUUUCUAAUUUUAAAUUAUUUAAUCUGUAUGAAAUAAAUAAUUUUGUUCAUUGCUUGACAUUUUAUUUUGAAUUAGAAAUUUGCAGGAAUUGUAGAUUCCCGGUUUUAAAAAAAAGCUGCUUCAUUUGAAUACAGGAUUCCAUUUUUAAAUUUCUGUUAUAUAUAGUAUUUUUACUUGCUAAUUCAUUCAUAUAUGAAUUAGCUUCUUUUCACUCAGUUUGAAUAUAGAUUGAGAGCAAAUAUUUCUUCAAACUUGUACUUUAUUAUGAAAUAUUUUACUAAGUACACAUUUUUUUUAUGCAAUUUUACAUCCCAUUGGCUUACUACACUGUUAUUUAAAACCAUGCAUGCUGUAUAUUUUAUUAAAUAAAUGAAAUUCGCCUUUAAAACAGAUCUCUUCAGAAUUGUUGUGUACAGAGUUUUAUUUGUAUACUGUUUGUAUUGAAGAGAUUACAUAUAAUAUGAUAUGAGAUUUUAGCUAAGUAUUUUGUUUAAAAACAAGGAGUGCCCCCCCCUAGAAUUUGCAUUAUUUGAAAAAUUUAAUAUGUUGUUUUUUAAAAAGUGUUUUGUAAAAAUAAAGUUCUUUGCUUUGUUUCUGAAUAAAGUAACUCUUAAUCUGCACUUUAAAAUACUUAUUUUUCACUGCCAUUUUUUUUUUUUUUUUUUUUUUUUUUUGGCAAGGGCAGGAGGAGAAUAGAGUUUGGGACCAAAUUUGCUAACAGUUUCUUAACAAUGAAAGAUAUAAUUCCUUACCAUGAGGUCUUUCAAUAACAGAAGACGGAACACAGUUUGAUAUGGAAUUUUGGCGAUGUAAAGCCAGGAAGUGAUAAUCCCAUAUAACUUGUUCUUCAAAUUUAUCAAAUUUCUGAUCAUUCCUUUGAAUAUCUUCAAGUUACACAUGAUCUUUUUAUUGAAAUUAUAUCCAGUUUCAUUAAAAUUCAUUAUUAAUGGAACAAGCAUUUUUUAAAAAUGAAAAUUCUGUUGAUUGAUAUAUCUUAUUCUGUAAGCUUUAUUGCAAUCAAAAUCAGCCAUAAAAGAUUCUUGUAAAAAUUGAGAUAUUUAUGCAAUUUUUUAUUCCAAUGAAAGCAGCUGCUGUGUUUUCCUCCUAUAGAUAUAAUUUGUCUCUCAGAUUUUGUCUUUCAACUAACUAUUUUGUGUUUGUAACUUGAAGUACUUAAGUUCUUAGGAAUUAGAUAUUAACAUGAUUAUGACCCAUAAAGAUUUAAAGUUCAGCAAAAUUCUACAAUCUUUUAAAUACACAUUCCAGCAAAAGUAUAUAUUAUAUAUAUAUAUAAUCUAUGUCUUUCUCUAUGCGAGUAAGAUCAAGCUAAAAAACUAUUUAUAUAUUGUUAUAUUGUUUGUAUCCCUGUUGUUUUUGCCUACAGAGAAUUAUCAUAGUUAUGCCAUAUCUUCAUAAAAUUUCCUACAUACUAGAAUUCAUUAAACUAUAAUUAUUGCUUUUAUUUGAUAUACUGGAUUGGUUAUUUUGAAUAAAAUGUUUCACUGUAAAAGAAUUGAAUAAUGUUUUCAGUUUGUUAUGUGUUGUAUGGUGUUAUAUAAUUUACGGAAUAAGAUAGCGAUGUCAGCUAACAAAUCACUUGACAGUAAAUUUACUAAUUUUUUAAUACAAAAUUAUUUGUAGUUUGUUAAAUCUUGUUAUGUAACUUGCACUUCCUUUCUGUGUUUUUGCAAAAAUCUAUGCAAUGAAAAAAUGUUUCUAUCCUUCUGUACAAAAGAAACAUGAGAAAUUUCCCUUUUAUUUAACUAUUGCUAGAGAUAUAUUUUUGACAUUAUAGGUACAAAUUUUGAAAAAUUCUAAUACUUUCCCUAGAUAAAUUAUUAGUAAUUUGAUGCAAUAUCACCAUAAUACUAUAUCUUUUUAAUUUUCAAGUUUCAUUAUCUACUCAAUAAAAAGUGAAAUAUAGCCAACCAAUUAGCAUCUUUACAAAAAAAUAUUUUAUAUUUCAAUAUUUAUAAGUUGGUAAUUUUAAUUGUUGCUUUAAUAAAUAGUUAUUUUUGUUGAAUUUUGAAUCUAGUUAUCUAGAUUUCAUAUGCAUUAAAAAAUUAAUUUUUUGUUACUGUAGUAUAUGGAGGGGGGAAAAAAAAAAAAGUAAAUAUGCUAUUUAAAUUCUUUUUUCACCUUCCUAAACUGUAACCAAGUUUGUACAGACGAUUUUUAUUUUUUAAAGCAUGUAAAAUGUCAAAGGAUUUAUUAAAUGGUUCUAUUUUGUAAAAAGAAAGAACACUAGUUGCCAUUUGUGCCUGCAUUUAGAAAUGUUUUUAUUAGGCAAAUUUUUAGAAUGUCUAUUUAUUUGAGUGUAAAAUAUUCAUGUCUGAUUAAUUCUCAUCAACGAUUUCGAUGACUUUCUACAACUGUUCAAGAUUUGAAUGAAAUGUUGGAAAUUUAUAAUUUUUUUAUGCUUUGAGGCUUAAAAUAAAUGAGGUUUGUACCUUGUUUUUGUUUGACAACAAAGUGUUAAUGUUCAUGUUGAAGAAUAUUAAUUUUGAGUGAUGUUUAUACUGUGGUCCUUUAUAUGAAUUGUUUUGAACCUUUAAGUGUGUUGGGAUUUAAUGUGAUAUUGAAGUGGUUAAGAUAAUGAACAGUUAUUUGUUAGACUCUUAACUAAAUAAAUUUGCCAAACUGUAUCAUUUCAACUUCCAAGUGUGAAAUCCAGUUAAUAAUUUCACUGUGUUUGUAAUUAUUUAUUUUUUAUCAGAGUGUAUAAUAAAUCUUGUAAAUAGAUAUAUAGGGGAAAUAUAUAUAAUUAUUUGAUGUGGGAAGAAAAUGAAUAAAGAAGUUUGAAAUUUA